AUGGCCAUCUCAGUCUCAGUCAAGCAUGGACAGAAGAAGUACGACCUCCCACUCGAUACUUCCCAACCACCCAGCGCAUUCAAACAAUCAAUCUACCAACUCACCGGAGUUGCACCAAUCCAACAGAAGAUUCUCGUCAAGGGAGGACAGUUGAAGGAUGAAUCAGACUGGUCCAAACUCGCCAUCAAGCCAGGUCAUCAAUUCAUGCUCAUCGGCACUGCCGGCGACCUACCCCCACCACCAACCCAACAAACCAUAUUCGUAGAAGACCUCACCGACACUCAACUUGCAGAGGCCGACCCCUUCCCGGCUGGCUUGGAAAACUUGGGAAACACGUGCUACCUGAACUCCACCGUCCAAGUUCUUCGUGCGAUACCCGAACUACAAACCAAUCUGACCAAAUACACCCGAACCGCCGAACCGACUCGAAACGACGUGGCUUUGACCUGCUCGCUACGCGAUACUUACCAAGACUUGACCAAAUCGUCCGACGGGUACUCGCCAUUCAGCUUGAUCGAUGCCCUCCGAUCCUAUGCGCCACAAUUUGCUCAACAAACUCAAGGACAUUACGCCCAACAGGAUGCCGAGGAGUGCUGGGUUCAACUCUUGAGUGCCGUCCGGAGUACAUUGGAUUCAUCGGUCGGCGCUGAUGGCAAGUUUGUCGAACGGUACUUGACUGGUGAACUUGAAACAGAAACCAAAUGUACGGAAGCUCCUGAGGAACCACCUACGAUCUCGAAAGAGAAAUGGUUAGAGCUCAAAUGUAACAUCAGCAUCUCGACAAACUACAUGAUCACUGGAAUCCAAGAUGGCUUGAAACAACCUCUCGAAAAACUUAGUCCAUCUUUGGGCCGAUCGGCGCAGUAUCUCCAAACAUCAAAAAUUUCCAGAUUACCUGCAUAUCUGGCGAUUCACAUGGUGCGAUUCUACUGGAGACGGGACAUUAAUAAGAAGACGAAGAUCAUGCGGAAAGUGAAGUUCCCGUUCAACCUCGAUCUAACGGAUCUCUUGAGCGAGAAGUUGAAGAGCCAGGUAGGACCUGCGGCGAGCAAGCUGAAGGAUAUUGAGAAAGACCGACGCGAGCGGAUCAAGAUCCAGAAGAAGAAGAAGAUUGCGAAGGAGGAGAGCGCGAAGAACCAGAUGGCAAUCGACCCCAGUCCCAAUGGGUCUGGGAGCGGGGCGGCCAGCACGAGCGCCGGAGCGCCGACCGAGGAGAAAAAGCCGGACGAGAAGACCGCCAACGGGCAUCAGGAGGAUGAGGAGGAAGACGAGGCGACGAUCAGGGAGAGAGAGUCGGCCGUGUUGAUGAGCUUGAUGGACCCGGAGCUGAUGAACGAUGUGGGCACCAACCCGACUGCCCAAUACGAGCUGUGUGGGAUCGUGACCCACAAGGGCGCGUCAGCCGACGGAGGUCAUUAUAUGGCUUGGGUCAGGUGUGACGCUGCCAAGGCUAAUCCUAACCUGCCAACUCCAACGGCGGCCGACCCGUCCAAAAAGCUUGAGCUGCAAGAUCCCGAUGACCAAGAAUGGUAUAAAUUCGACGAUGAGAAGGUGUCGAUCGUCCAUAAAGAUAAGAUCUUGGGCUUGGACGGCGGAGGCGAAGAUUCGAUCGCGUAUAUCUUGCUCUAUCGUCCCACAAAGAUUUGA